AUGAUUUUGUGAGGAGCAAUUUUUGAGUGGCUUAGUUUUAGCGAAGAGUUUUUGAAUAAAUUGGCAAGUUUUGCGAAGAAGAAAUGAUCUAGUCAAACUCGUACUGCUGUAAAAACUUUUGACAGAGUACCCAAAAUUAGAGAACUAAACAAGUUCAAAUAAAGAUGCUCAAUUCUCUGCCCUCCAAAGAACUCAAAAGCUGGGAUUAGGAUUCUCUAGAAAAGGGUUCAGAGCUAUGAGGAAUAAAUUAGGACUUCACAUCUGAACCUCAAAUGACACCUCUUCAAUGCCCAUGAAUAAAAGCCUGGCUGAAAACUCCUUUUCCAAAUUCGUGAUAAAUUCACCAUUAAGCGACCCAAGAACACCACAACUCUACUGAAUUAAUUCUAAAGUCAAGAAACAGAGUCCAAAUAAGACUACCCCAAUAGUGCAUUUCACAAAGCGUCAGCUUAAGUUUAGACGUGGCCAAAAGUGCCCAAAAUUCUACUUAGAUGGUCACAAAAACCUUCUCAUCCAAAGACCCUUCGAACCGCCAAGAAUGAAGAGAUCCCCACCUAUUAACUCCCCCACUAACAUUCCAGGCCCUAAACAUCUCAAAACCUCCCAAGAAGUCCUAAAAUCCCACUCCAAAUACCACCAACAUCACCCAAAAAACCCUGAAAAUAAGCCCAAAUCCAAGCCUCCUAAAAUAAUUCCUCUGAAAAACAUCAGAAUAAAUCCACCUAGGAAGCCUCAAGACAUUGAACUACUUAGUCCAGAAAUCUUGUUAUUCUCCAAUCCUGCAGUUUCCAACACAGACUCUAGCACAGAAACAUACGAAUGUAAAGACGACAGUGAGGAGGCUGAAGGAGAGGAUGAAUCCAACAGGAUCAUACCAACAAAAGCACAUAAGAAGAAAAACAGGAUCACCUUCUCUAAGGAAGUCAUCCAACUUAACGGCACUGGUGAGAGGAACAAAGCAGAAAUGAGUCAUUAUUCAUAUGGAUUUGAUAAGAUCUUCACAGCUAUUAAGUUACCCACUCAGAACCAUUGCUCUAAACGAGAUUAUAAGACCGAAAUCAAGCAUAAGCUAUUUUUAAGAAAAAGGGCUAAGAAAAAGUUAAAGUAUUUGUAA